GUCCAGAGAGAGGGCGGCUGCUGCCAACGAAUAUGUGGAGCGGCGCAAGCACUACCAAGUAAUUUUCUCCCUCUCUUUUUUUUCUUUCUUCCACCUGACCGUACAACCAUGUCUGACGAUCACGAUAACUCCUUCGCUACCGCCGAUGCUGGUGCCUCCUUGACUUUCCCCAUGCAGUGCUCUGCUCUGCGCAAGAACGGCCACGUCGUCAUCAAGGGCCGUCCCUGCAAGAUCGUUGAUAUGUCUACCUCCAAGACUGGCAAGCACGGUCACGCCAAGGUCCACUUGGUCGCCAUUGACAUUUUCACUAACAAGAAGCUGGAAGAUUUGUCGCCCUCGACCCACAACAUGGAUGUCCCCAACGUCCAGCGUAAAGAAUACCAGCUCAUCAACAUCGAUGACGGUUUCCUUAGCUUGUUGGAGGGCGGCGAUACCAAGGAUGAUGUCAAGCUUCCCGACACCGACCUUGGCCAGCAGUUGCAAAACGACUUUGAAGAAGGCAAGGACUUGUUGGUCACUGUCGUAUCUGCCAUGGGUGAAGAACAUGCUUUGGCCUACAAGGAAGCUCCCCAAAAUUAAACACAUCCUGGCCUAGUUGGGUAUUUCGGUGCAAUGUGGGCUGCGGACGAUACUCUUGAGGCUUCGAAAUAGUUUCCAUCUUCUACUUUGUGUGUUUCUCUCUCUCUUCCUAUUGCUUAUAGCAUAUUUGUCUCCCAAAGAAUAUAUUAAAAACUCUUUUUUUACGUUACCACAUAUACUGUGAAUAAGUUCCCAGAGCACCCAGCGGGGUAUGAUAUGACGAUAUGACAUGUUUACUUUUUUGAAUAAAACUCAGAAAAGCGAGAGACGGUAUACAGUUU